UUGUCUGGAGUGUGCAGUGUUGUGACAGUUCCGCAGUGUGUGAGAGAGUGAGUGUUGUAUUUCCGGUGUGAUGGCGGCGGAGUUGUUAGUGAAGCUGUAUGAAUAUUCUCCACUGUUUUACAUCACCGUCAUCGCGCUGGGCUUCAUCCUCACUGCGGCAGCACUGCUCGGAGGGUUUGGCUUUGAUGUGCCGGUGAUUGUGAGAAGUUCAGAUGAAGGUGAUGCUCUUCCUCCUGCUCCAGAGAAGAAGAUGGUUCGGGUUCCCAAUCCGUUCUCUCUGGAGAUCGACACCAAAACCACAUUCGCCUCAGUGACGGAUGGUGUGUGUCUGCGGCCGUGUUGUUUAGAGGAGUGUGUGUUGAGUUGUUAUUGGGGCUGCAGUGUUGAGGCUCUACAGUUUGCCCUGCAGGAACACCGAUACACACGGAGACUGAACACAGCACGCUUAUUCCAACAGGCUCUACAGAGGCAAUACCUGCACUGCCACGCCUUCACGGUGAAAGGUCAGGGGUCAGAGUGCAUCACUCAGCUGCCCCCUGAUCUCGGAGUCACAGAUUUCGGAUUCCUGCCAAGAGAUCGCUAUCCGCUAGUCGCUGUUCUCACCUUAGCGAACGCGGAUGGCAGGGAGGCCUACGACAUUGUGGUGAGUGUUACAGUUGUUCAUGUUCCUGAUGAUAAGUACCGCCUUCCUGCGAGGAUCCUGUUCCACAUCCUGCUGACUGCUGAUGGAAACAUGUUCGACCUGAAGCCACUCUUCAUGUCCACUAAUGACACAAGCCCCACCCCUACGGAGGAAGAGGCACAGCCCACUGAAAAAGAACUGGAGGAGGAAGAGGCGGGAUCAGACGAAGAGGGGGCGUGGACAGGAGUUGUAGGGCGGGACUGUGUGGUGUGUCAGAAUGCAGCAGUGAACCGCGUGUUGUUACCAUGUCGUCAUGCGUGUGUGUGUGACGAGUGUGUGGGGAGAUUUCAGCACUGCCCCAUGUGCAGAGCCUUCGUCUGCGAGUCUUUCAGCCUGUCUCCGCCCACAACCACGCCCCACUGGCCAGAGGGGCAGGGCUUAUAACCCCCCCCCACAGCACUGCUUUUUAAUGGUAGUUAUUUUCCUGAUAUUGUCAUUGUUUAUAAAUCAUUUCAUAAACUCUUUGGUGGAACGAACGGUGCAGUUUAGGAACUUUUCAGAUUCACAGGAUAAAGUAAAAUGAAGUUGCUCUGCACGCACUCCUGCAACGUUUCCAUCACACCACAUGGGGAAAAACAAAAACUGUGAACUUUGCUGACUGUUCCACUCUGAUCCCAGUGCACAUCACAUUCAAAUGUCCAUAACGCAGUGUCCUGAUUCCAGAAAAGAAAAUCUCUGGGCUCCUGAAACAUGCAAGUUUGAAAAAAAAAAUUCUGAAGGUUUCUGGGCUCCAAAAAAUGUCUUUGGUUGCAGAAAUGUCCCUCCAAAGUUUGUGAAAAGCGUGCUGGGGUUCUGUUAAAGGUUCCUGUGUCGAAACCUCACCUCAAACUGCGGCUUUGGGUCCAGUGUUAAACGUGCUGCAUCACUAAAAUUACAUUCAUACUACAAACACGUCACCGGGACCAGCUCACUGUGGGCGUGUCCCAAACCAUACACCCUUUCCACCAGUGCAUUAUGGGAUGUGUAGUAAACUCCCUCCACUGUGUAUAAAAUGUUAAAACUAGUGCACUCUGCAGCGACCAUGAUGUGGUUCAGGAGGACAAACUGGAAUCUUGUGUAUUUAGAUGUCAUGUUUUAUAUUCAUUAGUCUGAAUUUCUGAAGGUCAGAGAUGUUUAAAUUCAUGAGUGUUUAAAAAAAAAAGGUGUAACUCAAACGAGUGUUACUGUAAAGUUAUAGAAUGAAAGUGAAGUUUGUACUGAAAUAAACUGAUUUUAUUUGUUCAUUAA